AUGGAGCCGCAUCAAGAGGACUCCUUCGCCUCGCCCCUUCCCCUCCGGACCUUCGAGGGCGACGCCCCACAGCGAGACGGCAGCAGCGGCAGCAGCAGCAGCGAGGUGGAAGAGGAGGAGGUGAAUGACGUAGAUUCAACCACCACCACCACGAGUGGCGGGCCGUCACCCCCGAUCAACAAGCGACAACAACGAUGGGGACAAGAGGAUGGAGACAUCGAGAUGGACAAGCUGAGUAGAACCUCCUCGCUCGACGUGGACCAGGAUGAAGAGGAUGCCGGCACUUUCAUCCUGGAGCUCGACAAGGAGAGUGGUCUGGGGGACAGCGACCGCACCUACCGCACGCGAAUAGAGCGGGGCUGGGCCUUCGCGCUCAGCAAGGUGGGACCUCUCGUGGGGGCGCUGGGCGCGCUCGCCGCCCUCGGCUUCAUCUUUGCCGUGUGGGGCGGCAUUCCGCUGGGCGACCCCAAGGAGGACCUCUUCGAUGAGGACGGCUCCUGGCCCCUCGUCUUUAUCACCAACCCCCUCGUGAUGGGCGUGAUAGGCUACCUCAACGUGGCCAUGUUCCUCGGCUGUGCUGGCGUGACCCACCCCUUUCGCGGCUUCACACCGGCGCUGUUGAUCAUCAUCGUGGUGGAGAUCGUGAUCCUGUUCCCCAUCGUGCAAAAGGUGGGGUUCUUCGAACUCUUCGGCGCCGUCAACAUCUUCAUCUGCUAUGCCGCCACUUUCGCCGGAUUGCUCAUCCACGAGUUUGUGAAGCGGUGCCUUGGCAAGCGGAACCGCACGCCCAACUACCUGCGCAAGAUCGCCCAGUACGGCAAGGUCGUCUUCGCGCUCUUCGUCCAUCUCCUCAUCCUCACCGGCUACGUGAUCGGCUAUCGAUACGUAUCGAGCACGGUGCAGCCCAUCCUCUCCUUUUCCCUCGCCAUCUCCGUGUUCAUCAUGCGCAAGGUCCUCCUGGCGCUAACGGACAUGUUCCCCAUCGAAAUGGCCAUGCUCAUCUCUUCGUUAUGGGUGACGAACCUGACGGACAUGUGUCAAACGUUGGCGUUCCCUUCCGUGAAGGAUCCCAUCACCUACAUCUACCUCUUCGCCAUCAACCUCUUCACCAACCUCGCCAAUUUGCUUUUCCUCACCCCCUGGUACGUGGCGUCUUGGUUCCGCAUCCGCGUGUGGGUCAAGAACAACCUGGGCCACAUCUUCACGUGCUGCUUCUGUACCUGCAAGUGGCCCGAGGUGCGCUUCUAUUUCUGGCGCAUCUGGUCGCAGACGUGCUCCAUGCUCUUCUACCUCGGCAUCUCCUCCAUCCUCCGCUACGGCCCCAACAGCGAGUACUACAUGUUUUCCGAAGACCCCAUUGUGAAGGGCAGCGACGAGAGGAGCUACAACGUGCUCUCGAGCACGGGCUACCGCAAUUCGCUCCUCUACGCCUCGGCCAACCUCUUCCCCAUCGCGUUGGCCGGCCUCUUCGGAUACCUCCUGGUGAGGUUCCUGUACAAGGAGACCUACGCCGUGCUGGUGAAGACCCAUGGCAUGAUGCUGCUCCACAACACCACCUACAUCGGGUUCGUGGUGGCAAUUUUGGCGCACAAUGGAUUGCUGGCGGUGAUGAUCGUCCAGUACCACCAGCGCGUGUGGUGGGCCUUCAACUGA